AGAGAGAGAGAAAGAGACAAAAAUGAUGAUGAUGAGAAGCAAAAAAAGAAUAUAAAAUGGAACUAAUUUCCAAAUUUUUACAUAUUGUAAAAUUCUUUUCUCAUUAAUUCAAGUUUCUAUUGAAACUUGGCUCAUAUUAUCGAUAUUCACAAUCGAUAGAAACAAUAACAAUGUCUCAUUUUGUCAACAAAAAUCAUUUGAUUGUUUGACUGUUUAUUUCUAUUCUUUAAACUGUUUAAAAAUGAGUGAUUAUGGGCCUGAUUGUCGGGAAAGGAUCAAUUCUAUUGAUUGAAAUGUAAGUUUAAAAAUUAAAUCCCAAUCAACUUUUCUUUUUCUAAAAUUCGAGAUUUGUUGUCCAAAAAAAUUCGUUUCCUUAGAAACUUGACUGAUAUAUCGAUAUUCACAAUCGAUAGAAAGAAUAACAAAAUUUUCUCAUUUUGUCAACAAAAACCAUCUGAUUGUUAUUUUUUACUAUUCUUUAAAUUGUUUAAAAAUGAGUGAUUAUGGGCCUGAUUGUGGGGGAAGAAUCAAAGGUGUGACCAUCGUGAAACCGAUUGUUUAUGGAAAUGCUGCUCGAUAUUUCGGUAAAAAGAGAGAGGAAGAUGGACACACUCACAGUUGGAAUGUCUAUGUGAAACCUUAUCAGAAUGAGGAUAUGUCAACUUAUGUGAAGAAAGUUCAUUUCAAGUUACACGAAAGUUAUGCUAAUCCCAAUCGAAUCAUUUCAAAACCACCAUUUGAAGUCACGGAAACAGGUUGGGGUGAAUUCGAAGUCGCCAUCAAGUUAUACUUCAUGGAUCCAAAUGAAAGACCGAUCACCAUUUACCACAUGCUCAAAUUGUUUGAAACGGAUCCCAUAAGUAAAGCCAUCAACAUAAAAAAGUACAUCGUCUCAGAAUUUUAUGAUGAGAUUAUUUUACAAGAUCCAUCGGCCAUGAUGCAACAAUUACUGACCAACACAAGACAAUUACUAAUUGGACCUUACAAACAUGAGACUGAUUUUGAGGAUAAGAAGCAGAAAACAAUUUCCUCGAUUCAAUCCGCUAAAACCAAAGUUCGAAGUGAAAUCGAAGAGCUUAAAGAUCGCUUGAAACAAACACAAUCAGUGAUCGCAAAAUUUAAGGAAAAUAUUAAAAGUACCGAAGCAAAACAAGAACGUGAACGAAAACUACAAGCUCUCCAAUCAACAACACCAAAAUCACCAAUCCAAUCAAUCAAAUCUCCACAACCUAAACAAGAUUCACCACGACUUAAAUCACCUCCAAUCUCACAAGAACCUAUUUUUAUAUCGACAACUGUUUCCACUGAAUCAGAAAAAGUUCAAGAAACAUCAGCACCUCAACAAGUAUUACUCUCUCCCGGACAACCUGUUGACCUUCAACAUGAAACACCAACAACAGAAGCAAAAGAUUUACCCCAAGUACCUGAGGCAAUGGAUCAAGAAACUGUCACCGAAAUGAUCAUUUAAGAAUUUAAUGUUUAAAUCAAGAGAUUUGUUUGUAAAAAAUACAAAGAUGAAGAAACUACUUGGACACUAGAUGACCCAUAACAUCAACAAGUGUGUUUUUUUUCAAAGCUUCUUGAUGAAUAAACAUUACAUGUGAGAGAUUGCAAUUAUCUGA